CAAUUUUCCUUUAUAAAUCUCACUCCAUUUCUCACUCGAUCAUCCAAAAACCAAACCCUUGCAUUCUUUCAAGAGAGAGAAACCACACAACCCCCCAAACCAGAGAGUUCUAGAGAGAGAAACACAAGCCCAUGGAGGGUAAAGAAGAAGAUGUGAAGCUGGGAGCCAACAAAUUCCCAGAGAGGCAGCCCAUAGGGACCUCAGCACAGACAGACAAGGACUACAAGGAGCCACCGCCGGCGCCGCUGUUCGAGCCCGGCGAGCUCAAGUCCUGGUCUUUCUGGAGGGCUGGGAUUGCUGAGUUCAUGGCCACCUUCCUCUUCCUCUACAUCACUGUCCUCACUGUCAUGGGGGUUUCCAGGGCACCCAACAAGUGUGCCUCUGUGGGUGUUCAGGGCAUUGCCUGGGCCUUUGGUGGUACCAUCUUUGCCCUUGUUUAUUGUACUGCUGGUGUCUCAGGUGGUCACAUAAAUCCAGCUGUGACAUUUGGUCUCUUCCUAGCAAGGAAGCUCUCCCUGACCAGAUCCGUGUUCUACAUCAUCAUGCAAAGCCUUGGGGCAAUGGCUGGUGCCGGGGUGGUGAAGGGGUUCCAACCGAAGCAGUAUGAGUUGCUCGGCGGUGGAGCUAAUGCGGUGAACCAUGGCUAUACCAAGGGUGACGGCCUAGGCGCUGAGAUUGUUGGCACUUUUGUUCUUGUGUACACUGUUUUCUCUGCCACUGAUGCCAAGAGAAAUGCCAGAGACUCUCAUGUCCCUAUCUUGGCUCCACUCCCCAUUGGGUUUGCUGUAUUUUUGGUGCAUUUGGCAACCAUCCCCAUCACCGGAACUGGCAUCAACCCUGCUAGGAGUCUGGGAGCUGCCAUCAUCUACAACAAGGGCCAUGCAUGGGAUGAUCAUUGGAUCUUCUGGGUCGGACCAUUCAUCGGAGCUGCACUUGCUGCACUCUACCAUCAGAUAGUCAUCAGAGCCAUCCCAUUCAAGACCAGGGAUUGACAUGGUAAUCCCCGUCGGGCCUUGUUCUCCCCGUCGGGCCUUGUUCUCCCCGUCGGGCCUUGUUCUGUCUAAAUGCUGCGAUU